AUGAAUCAGCACCAAAUAGGUGCCAAGCUUCUUGCGGUGGCAUGGGAACCUCGUCUCUUGUUCCCCCUGAGUCUAAGUGGGGCUGUGGAAUCGGUCAAGAUUACUCAAAAGGAAAGGAGUUUGCGGGAAAGAUGCUGCGAAAGGCUGCAAAAGCUCAAUCCCAUCCUUAGAUUCUCCGAUUCCAAAUGUUUUUCCUAUCGAUCACCCUUUGUGGAUCCACCUGUCUCAGAGAUCCUUGAAUUCCUCUUUCUCGGGAAUGCACGAGAUUCAAGGGACGCCCAAAUGAUGGAGGAGAGGAGCAUCACACACGUCAUCAACGCCACUUACGAACAGCCCAACUUCUUCGAAGGAGGUGGAAAAAUUGAGUAUCUCCGCGUACCCGUCGACGACAAUAACCAGGCUGAUCUUAUGCCUUACUUCAGACCAGCCAUCGAAUUCAUCGAUGCGGCAAUGCGAGCAGGUGGGCGGGUGCUGGUUCACUGCCAGGCGGGCGUGUCGCGGUCGCCAAGUCUGGUAAUCGCCUACCUCGUGGUCCACUCAUCGCUCUCCGUAAUUGAGGCCUUUACAUUGGCCAAUCACCUCCGCUCCGCCGUUGGUCCGAGUCUCCAUUUCCUCGGCCAGGUCGAAAAAUUUUGUGCCUCCCUCCGCCUCGAAUUCGAAUGUUAUAGCACUGUCUCAGCAGACCGUUAUGUGAGGGAUAUGAUUGAUCGUCGGUGGAGGGACUUCCAGCGCUCUUCGUCUCCAUCUCCCUCCCCACUUAUUCCCUCCAGCAAUUACCGUUGUCAUUUUCCCAAUUUUGUAACCCUAUGGUGA